AUGGCGCCCGUUUACAAGAUCGCUGUUAUUCAAUUCGAGCCAAAGGAUAUUGUUGUCGAGGAGAACUUUGCUAAGGCGGAAAGUCAUCUACGCUCUGCAGCGGCUAAAGGAUGUGACAUCGCCAUUCUGCCCGAAUUUCAUCUCACAUCGUGGGUUCCCGAGCAUCCCGAGUUCAUAUCUGAAAGCAAAAAGUCAAACGACUAUUUAUCAAAAUAUCAGGAUCUUGCUAAGGAACUAAACAUCAACAUUGUACCGGGCACAAUCUGCGAAGUUCACCAGGUCCCUGACAGUAAAGAUGAAGAGCUCCGAAACAUGACCUAUUUCCUUGCCGCUGGGACUGGCGAGAUUUGCGGUUCUUAUCAGAAGAAGAAUCUCUGGCAUCCUGAACGACCGCACCUAACUUCGUCAACCCACACACCCCAUACAGCCUUCGACACUCCCUUGAAACACGCCGACGGCCGUCCUGUCCGCGCAGGUCUGAUAAUCUGCUGGGAUCUUGCCUUCCCUGAGGCCUUCAAAGCGCUCGUUAACGACGGCGCCGACAUUAUCCUAAUCCCCUCAUACUGGUUCAUGAGCGACGGAGGUGAAGAAGGAGGUGACCUUAACCCUGAUUCUGAACGAAUAUUCCUCAACUGUACGUUGACCGCGAGGGCUUUCGAAAACACAGCUGCAAUUGUAUUCUGCAACGCUGGCGGGCUGAGCUGUGUCAACAUGCCCAUACUGGGACCUCUGGGAAGAAUCGAGGUUGGAGAGGAGAAGCUGGAGAUUGUAGAUGUGGAUCUAGAUGUUUUGAGAGCUGCGGAAGAGCAGUAUAAGAUUAGGAUGGAUAUGCAGAGUGGGGGGUGGCAUUAUAAGUAUGGCAUGAAUGGGGGCUCGAAGUCAUAA